AUGGAAAAGAGCAAAAGAUGCGCCACGUUGCUUGAUGAUGACGCGGAGCGGAGCCACAACGGCAAACACCGCCGCCGGCCACCGCAAAGCCACAACAAGAUACGGCACCGUUUUAUCAUAGUUGUUGCCGUUUGGAUCGCGGUGGCCUCUUCCCUGUUCCUGCGCGCCUUCACAGCUCCCACCACCAUCUUCGCCAUCCCACUACUCCACUCCCCACCUUAA